GGGAGAGCUUUGGAAGGAACAUGACAAGUGCCAUACAACUACCCCCACUGUUGCUGGAUGGAGGCGUGAUGUGCAGUCCCGCGUCGGUACACGAACGGUCGACUCGGACGCACAACCAAACCACGCGCCGGAGCCGACAACCGUUCGCAUCCAAGCAACGACGGAUCGUCGCGUCGCUGUACCAGUUGGGAGCCGUGUCUCGCCAACGCCAAGGUAGGCAAAGCCCGUGAAGCCGUACACGCCACCUACUCCGUCCGACGAGCCGCUGCGACAUGGGAAGCCACGGCGAAGUCGCCGCCCCCCGGCCGUUGCGCGUCCUUGUUCGAUCGAAUUGAACCCGUCGUCGCCGCGUGCCGUCACUGACGGAAACGGAAGGGCCGGUGGCGCGAGUUGCUGCUUGAAUAUGAUGAGUGAUCGUAGGCGGACGGCGACGCGUGACCAGAGUAGAUUAUCACCACGCCAUGCAUGAACCGGCGGCCAUAUCUCAUGUCUGUUUGAGUUUUCUUAUAUACUAGUACUACCUACGUCCACAUCCCUCUCUUUCGGUUUCCCCUCCUCCCGCUCCAUAAAUUUCCUCCCGAUCGUUUCCUGCCCGCGGUGAUUGCGUCGGCCGGCAUAUGCGCGCGCGCGCACGCCAAGUUUUACCACCACGCCCGGGCUCGCCACACGCGACGCACAGGCACAGUCACAUCCCCAGCUUCUCUUCUAGGAGGAGGAGGAGGAGCGGCGAGCGAUGGCGGGGCUGCAGCGGUCGAGCGGCACGUUCCGGCGGUCGGGAUCGUCGGGGAUGGUGUGGGACGGCGACAGCCACCUCUCCGGGGAGAUCAAGCCGGUGCGGGUCGAGCGCAGCCGCUCCACGGGCCACGCCGGGUACAGGGCGUCCGCCGGCCGCGUCUCGCCCGCGCUCGACCCGCCGUCGCCGCGCGUCGCCGCAUGCGGCUUCUGCGCCUGCUUCCGCGCCGGGAAGAAGGACGCCAACGACGGCAAGGCGGCCAAGCACAGGGCUCCCAGGGCCGCUGGUUCACCAUCCCCAAGACCAAAGGCGAGGCGAGCUAGUGGCUGAUGAUCCAUCCGUCCGUACUAGUACGUUCCUGCAGCCCGUACGUACGUAUGUAUGCAUGCAUGUAUGACUGUAUAAACCUCGGUAGUUUUUUUUUUUUUAGCAGAGAUAAACCUCGGUAGUUUCUUCCCGUUUCUUGCGUUACUGAUGCUUGUCCCAUGUAUGUAUAGAUACGGAUUUAGUACGUCCGACGUAGUAUAUAUAUAGAGAGAGAGGGUAGCGUAGAACCGUCGGCAGUGUGUCUCAUCGUCACUCGAUUGUACAGUCUUCUCUUCCAUCUUGCUAUGUGAAUAUGUGAUCGGAUAUUUGUAGGA